UAUGUUCAAACUUCAAACUGCAAUCGCUUUCACAUGCAUCAGUUUAUAUUGACUUAUUAGUCUUUUCAAGAAAAAGAAACCCCAUUUGACCAAGAAAAACCAGUUCAUCUUCAACAAAAAGCAUGGAUCUUGCAAGCCCCAAAUACUUCCAAGCUCCACUUUUGUUCUCUAAUGGGGAACCGGCGAUGGAGAGUAAUGAUAACCCAUUUUCAGACACGUUUUCAGACCCACUUUGCAAGCUCAAUCUCAAGGAGACAUCUGAGUUUGUCAAGUCUUUUCCAAUGUCGGGUUUGGAUGUUUCAACGCAGAGGAGGCGAGUUGGGGUUAACUCAGUGACAACAAAAAGGGGAGUUUUUGAAGCUCCUUCUACACCAGGUAGGCCUGUUUUCAGAUUCAGCGGCGGCGGUGGUAGAAAAAGCUUUCCUUCGAAGUGGGAUGAUGCAGAGAAAUGGAUAAUCAGCUGCCAUGACUCUCCUACUCACCCCAUUAGGCCGCCACCGGCACAGUCGUCCAAGGUGGCUAAACAAGGUGAUAACUUUAAGCAACAAGGUGAAUUUUUUUCUGAGAAAUCAAGAGUAACUGAGGAGAAUGUUUCAAAGGUUGUCCCGAGCUUUAAAGAGUCAGUUUCAUUGGGACACCAUGGCUCCAUUGAUGUCUUUCUAAAAGAUAAGUUCACAGAUGAAAUAGAACCGAUUUUACCGGAUUUCAGAUGUUCAGAGCCCUCAAAAGAAGGGUUUCUUUUCCAAAACUCAGCCAGUGCAACCAUGAAGGAUGCAGGCAUGGAAGUGUUCCAUGAAGUUAACCACAAGGACGUUGGGAAUGAGAUGACUCCGCUCGGAAGUUCGAUGACUUCUAGAUGCCAUACGCCGUGCAAGAGCUCCUCCCCUGCACGGAAUAACACGCCGGCUAAUCGGUCAGGUCCGUUGAAUUCCGCCGAUUCGAAUAGUUCUAACAGCACAAUUGACAUUUCACAGCUGCAAGAGUGUCAUCUAGCUAAGUUACAACUGGGGUCUCAAUAUGAUUCUAUCACAUCGAAUUGGAGCUCGAGGGAAGAAGAGGAGGAAGACGUGUCGAAGAGCCUUAGACAUUUCGAGACCGGCCGUGCGUGCCGGAGAAGUGUUUCGGAUUGGAGAACUUCUACAUGGGAGGAAGAGGAAAGGACUAAAUGUUGCAUGAGGUACCAAAGGGAGGAAGCAAAAAUCCAAGCUUGGGUGAGCCUUCAAAGUGCAAAAGCAGAAGCUCAAUCAAGAAAGCUCGAGGUGAAAAUCCAAAAGAUGAGAUCAAAACUAGAGGAGAAACUAAUGAAAAGAAUGACGAUCGUUCAUCGAAAAGUCGAGGAAUGGAGAGCUUCGGCACAACAGCAACACCCAGAGCAAAUGCAAAAGUCGAACAAUGCACCGAUGAUUAACCGAGGUAACUCGAAUUUUUCCGGCAACAUCUCGUGUGGUUGUUUACCUUGCAAUAACAGAUACUGAAAAGAUAGAUCAUUUCCAAUGCCCCCACCAUUCUUGCAAAGCUUUUUUCAUGUAGA